ACAUGUCCCAUGAUGCACCGUGGCGCUUCAGCCCCAUCGCGAGCAUGCGCCGUGCGAGAGAGGGUGAGGGAGCCUACUCUUUCCCCCGCGCAGGGGCUGGGAGGGGCCUGGUGCCGACCGUCGCCAUACUGCGAUCUACCCGAGUUGGGGGCAUUGGUGCCUGAAGCUAACUGAUCAGAAUGGCUGACAAGCCUAUUUGGGAGCAGAUUGGAAGUGGCUUUGUGCAACAUUACUAUAACAUUUUUGAUGGAAACAGGAGUGAACUAGCAUCAUUAUAUAUUGAUACAUCUUGCCUUUCUUGGGAAGGACAGCAGUUCCAAGGUAAAAUUGCUAUUGUGGAGAAAAUAACGGGCCUUCCGUUUAGAAAAAUACAGCACAGUAUAACAGCACAAGACCACCAACCCACACCUGAUAGUUGCAUCUUGAGUAUGGUAGUCGGACAACUUCAGGCUGACGAAGAUCCUGUCAUGGGAUUUCACCAGAUAUUUCUACUGAAAAACAUCAAUGACGCUUGGGUCUGCACCAAUGAUGUCUUCAGGCUAUCACUGCAUAACUUUAGCUGAGAGUUCUACUUUCUGCACGUCCUUCUAUCCACUCUUCUAGUCUGCUAUUAAUUGCAAUAACUGGAUUCUAAAUAUCAUGCACAAAUGUUUUACACAACAGUAAAAUUUGCAACUUGACCUGGUCUCUAAUCGCAGUUUGCUUGAAUUUAAUAAUUUGUGCAUGAUAUUUGGAAAAAAAUGUCAGUUUAGCUGACGUGGACAAGACAGUACUCAGUGUGUGUUGUACCAACAUGCCUUAGAAGAUAAGUCAUACCACACAUCAUUUUUCUCCUAUGUACUGGUAAGUUGCUAUAGCAAUCCAAAGAACCAAAAUAAGUAACAGCAACUUCUUAACCAAUCUUUUGAUUUGUUCAUACCAUUUGUUGACUUGUGCUACAAUAAACCAUGUAUUUUUCUUAAGUUGGAAAUGGUUUCAUUUGGUUUCUGGCAGGUUUAACAUGUUUAUUUGAUAUAUAAUAAAAUGUAUUUGACGGUUUAAUUGAAUUGGAAAAAUAAAAUGGUAUUGCUUGUGCUGGAGUAAAGGUUUUGGCCACAUGUCUAUAAAGAAGACAAUUAACUCAAGGCGACUCAAACAUAGUUAUUCAAACUAUGUUUAUCAUGAUCAAACUUUAUUUCAGUUCUAUUGAAGGGUAUGGUUGCUGCCACCUUGACAAAUUGAGGCCAUAAGAAAACUUUUAAAUUAUGAGUUUUUAAAGCUACAAAGCACAAGAUUCAGCAUACAAUUUUUAUCUAAUGUUUGUAUUUAAACUUGAAAUCCACAUUGCUUAACUUUUCAAAUUUUGAUUUCAGUAAAGCAAGCCAAUGCUUGGAACAUUAGCAGGACUUGCAGUGGAUGUUCAUAGGGUUAUGUUUUAAUUAUCCUUUCUCCAUUCAUCCAAAUGGUGUGACUUGCUUCAGUUUGAAGAUCUGCGUCAUGUAAACUGGCGUUCGUUACAUUGUGAUCACUUGACAGUUGAGCUAGAAGUGGAUAAAGAAUGUCAGCUUCUCAUCUGAAUGCAUCACAGUUGUGAAUUUAAAUGCCAUGCUACCCUACCAUUUAACCUCCUUAUGACAGAGCUGGAAAAAAUGUGCUGUCUCUGAUCGGCUGCUGCAUCAUCUAUUCUUUUUAAAUUGAUGAUCGAAGCAAAUUUAGUAAUCUCACACAAUGUAAAGAAAAUGGAGUCAAUCCAUUCAUAAUUGCCCAUAUCUCUUGGUACUGGAGCUUCAGAAAUGCAGAAAGCAUUUGUGACCAAAAUUGAAAAUUUAACACAUCAUCAAGAAGUAUGAUUGAUGCUGAUACAGCUGUCUUUAAGAAUGUUUUUUUUCUUCAAAUGUAUUUAAUCUGCAUAAAGUAGGUUUGGGAUUUUCUUUUGUAAUAGUGAUGCGUGUUGGGAAUACAGUUCCAUGAUUACCACAAGUGUCUCACAAAAGUGGUCAUACAUUGUGCACACAGAGGCAUUGAGGGUUAUUGCAGCCCAGCCGAAUACUAUUCUCGUAUGAAUUCCAAAUAUUUCAAGAACUUAAUCAGUGUCGGGCCACUUGCGUAAAUAUGUAAUCUAAACAACUUGAAAAAUAUUUCUCCUUGAUGGUAGAAUUGGAUUUCUCUGCAAAUUUAUUCCUUUUAGGAAUGCUGGUUCAUGUUGGACCCAAUUUCCUUUUUCUCUUAACUUCAACAGUUAAUUACUUGGUGUUAGGUGAACACCAUUUCUUUUCACUGUAAUUAUCCAAAACUUGAAAGAACAAGUAAUUUUAAUAAUUAAAUGCUGAGAAGUGAUUAGAGAGAUCAAUUUGAGUCUUGAACUGUAAUGUAACAGGCACAAUAAACGUGCGCAAUUUUCACACAAUUUAAAUCUUAAUGUCAUUUGAUGGUGGUAGUUGUAUUGCAAAGUAUGAAGCCUCUUGUUUGUAGCAGUAAUCGGUGAAACUUGGGUGGUUUCUGAACUUGCAGGCAUUUGUCUGAAACAAUACAAAAUAGAUUGGAAAAUGCUGUUAGAUUAUCCAAAUAUGUAACGUAGAGCAAUGUGCUACAAGUUAGAAUUUCCUAAUUUUGGUUGAUGUGUCACAUGAUGAAGUAUUAUCUAGGGAUUGUCCCAAAUGUAAUUCGGAAUUCAGAAUUCCCAACGUAUCAAAUUUUAUGGACAAAUUAUUGUCUUCAGUGUCUCUUGAUUUUUCUAAUUGCAUGUAAAGCUUCUAAAAUAUAACAAAAUAAAGUAAAUUAAUUCCAAUUUGAUAUCAUCUACAUGUUUUAUUCCAAUCAAGGAUUACGGCUGUUGCAAUUUAAACUUAACUCUCUCUACCUUGCCUUAAAUUGAAUCAGUUCAGGACUACCUUGUGAUAAUGAAUGUGCAUAAUAAAAUCCCCGUGUUGAGGGGAGUUUGGAAGGCAACAAACUCAAAUUUUUAUCAAACAGUAUUGUAAAAGUUGCCUAUUGUGUUUAAGGCAGGUGCAGUUAUAGAAUAGUUACAAAUUUACCAAAGGGCAAAUUUGUUUUAUUUAUUAAAUUAAUUGGUAUCUUUUUGCAUUUUCAAUGCAUAACCUUCAGUGGUUGAACUACACAUUGCAAAUGUUACAUGGCAUUCUGUUUAUUUUUUAAUAUUUACAAUAGCAGGAGUUUAUUCUGUGGAUAUAAAUUCUGUUAUAAAGCAAUACCACUACAUCACCAUUGAAAGUAGUAAUGAUGUAGUUUAUCCAAUAAUCGACUCAGAAAGAGUUUAUAUUACAGCUUUGUUAAUUUGCAGGAUAUUUAUUCUCUCAAUAGGAAAGAUAUUCUUUAGCUUUCUUUGCAUUCUCUUUUACACAUUCACUCGGUCUACUUCAACCCAGAGGGUAUGAAGAUCAUUAUUUCAUUAUGAACAGAGCUCAAAUGACUCCAUAAUACGCUGGUGGAACGUUCAUUCACAUUAUUGUUGAAAUAGCAGGACCAAAAGUUCCUUGUUGCAAUAUGACACUGUGCAUGACAAUUUGGCUGAGGAUUUCUCCGCAAUUGAAGCUGAUAUUUGAGUCUUGCUCACUCAAAUCUUUUGUCACGACAGGCCAUUGUUACAAGGACGAUUGCAGGUGGCUCAACCCUCAGUGCUUCUUUAUCAGUAUUUAGAAUAUGGCCCUUGAAUUUGAAGUACUAUUGUACGUUAAGAUGAGUGCUCUAUCAUGAUGGAACAAGUAACUUCUGAUUACUUCCAAUUUUUGGAAAAUGUUACUUUGGUGAUGCAAAAAAAAAAAACAGCUGGAAGUUGAUGUGCAAGUGUGAAAUAUGAUCUAACCAGUUGCCAAUCAAAAUAAUGAAUUGAGGAUACAUUUAUGUAAUUAUAGCCUAUAGUAUAAAGUUUAACAAAAUGCAAAUGAUGAAUCUUAACAUUUAUAUACAUUGAGCGUGUGUAUUUCAGAUUGUUUUAUAGUUGCUGAAAACAAAGUAGAAAUAUCUUUACAGGUACAUUAAAAGCAGACAUAUGAAAGAAUGGAUAUGAUAAUUAGUUGACAUUGCCUUUCACAUGGAUGUAACUCAAAGCUGCCUUCAGAGUACUUGGCAACUGUGUAAAGCACUAUUGUGCAGCUUACACUACUGUACUGUGAAUUUGUGUUAAAAGGACGUAUGUUCAGAAAUUAUUUAAACAUGUUAUUUUGUGCCAUACUAAGAGUAUGUUAUGUUUGCCUUAGAGAUUUUGCUGUUGGGAAAUAUCAUUCUUGAUCAAAAAAAAUUCUAGAUCCCCAUUGAUUCCUUAGUUGUGUGAUUUAUUUUUUAGGUUGCCUUUGUCAACAAAAAUGCAAGGCCUUGAAGGUCUUUCACUCCCAGAUAUAACAGAAUCUUUGGUCACCGGAAGCUAUGAUGCUUUAUUGGACUUGUGUAUGCAGAAUCUGAUUUUCGAUCUAUUUUCGGAAAGAAAACUCUGCUUUCAAUAAUAACUGAUGCACGUUCAUUUCUUUGCAGUGUAAUACCAUUAUUUUGUUCAUUUCUACAAUAAACUUUAUCAAACUGC